CCUGGAACCGAGGGACGGGGCGAGGGGACCCCGCCCGACCGGCCCCGCGUGCGCCCAUCGCGAGCGCCUCAUCCACCCCCAGACCCGCCGCUCGGCCGGGCUGUCUCUCACCGCCCCCGCUCCUGCGGCCGGUUUAGGACUCUCUGUCCGGUCGCGGCCCCGCCGCCCUGCUCGCCCCGUUCCGCGCCGUCGUCCGGGACGCAGGGCCCGGGCUUCGCGGGGCGAUGUCUGGCCCGGCGGUGGCGAGUGGCGCCCUCGGCCCCUGCCGUGGCCCCCGCGACCGCCCCGGUCCCCGCGGCCCCCACAGCCCCCUGGGCCCUCCCGGGGGCGGCCCCACGCACGUGUGGCCUGUGCCGGAGGUUCGCAAGGCACCGCCUCGGCCCUCGCGUUGGUUUGGGGCGGGCUGAGGCAUGUGUUCGCUUCACUGAUUCCUGCUCGCCUUGGCUGUCUUUGAUGAGAUGGUUAAGACAUGAAUUAUUUCACGGCGAGCUCAGAAUUUGCCGGCUUGAAAGCAGAUUGUCAGUGACAGGCCUUUAAAGUAAAGAGCUUAAGGGGUAAAGCAGCAGCUUCGAAGCUUUAUGAGUGCUAAAAUUCACGAGACUUGGAGCUGACACUCUGUUUGUGACUUGUGUGCAGCUGCUGUUACUGGAGACACGGAAGUACCUGGUGUGCAUUAGUCACAAAUGCGGUGGCCAGCAAAACUCCCAUGGUGGGUGGAAGCAUUGCUUUCACUAAAAAACUCUAUCAAUAGGGAAACUUAAUGAGGCUUCUUGGUGGGUAGGAGGUGUAAAGGUCUGAACUGAAGGUACAAAGGUCUGAGUCGAAGUCUAGGGGAGGGGGAGGCAGAAGAAGGUAAUGUAACUCCCACUGCAUCAGUAAACAGUGUCCAUCAUCCACAAACCUUAAAAUCAGGUGUUUCUGCAGGUUGUAAGCCCUUAGUAACAGUUCAGGCUACUGGUGUGGUCACUGAAGUAGUGAUGCCUUGACCUGAGCCAGUGUCACUGGGUUCUCCUCAGCCCAGGGAGUAAGUGCUGCUGUCCCUGAUGCUCACCACUGAUUCUGUCUUACUCAAGAUUAACAUGUGGCAGGUGACUCCAUUUUUGGUCAUGAUCCUUCUCUUAGGGUAAAUUCUUGGUCCAUCUGGAAGUGUCUAGAGGCACGGAAGGCCCGGUGAGUAGGUGUACUCACUGGAAGGGCUGUUUCUGUCUUGAUCCCGGGGGAGCUCUUCCCUCUCUUGUCUGGGGACAGUGGCGCUCCCCAGCUUGCAGGGUUUGUGCUGCUCAGCAGCUCUGCAGCCACAUAGGGUUCUGGCACCAAAUGAACAAGUUUGUUGGAGCUUUGUGUACACUGUGUCCAGUUCUGUUGCCUGAUAAACCCAUCCAGCUGGUCUGGAAGCCAUCCAAAGUAUGGAAGCAAACUGAAGAUGGAGAAAGAUCUACUUUGUGUGGAAUUUGCUUUAGAAAGAAAUUGGAACUUCAGGUUUCCAUAAAGUCUGGGGUUUCCCUCCUCCAUUUACCACAUAAAAUUUACCACAUUUACCACAUUUCUGAGUUUGGUUUUCCAAGCAGUUUUGUGUCAUAGUUUGAGCUGUCUCGCAUCUUAUUUAAUCACAGCUGAAGUUCCUGUAAUUAAAACCUAUGUCUAAUUCAGAUACAAAAUAGAAAUCAUUGGAAGUCUACAGAUUUUGUUUCCCUGUGUUUAGAGAGGUGCAUUCUGCAGGAAAUGGGUUGUAUCUAGUGAGUCAGCUCCUCCACUGCUUGGGUGAAUGGCCUGUGCCUGACUGUGAGCUAGCAACUGUGGCUGCUCUGGAGUCAGGCAAACCUUGUGUUAGUGUUUUCUCUGGUCUUUCUGAGAAUUGUUUUGAACCAUUCAAAAAGACUUGGUGUGAUAAUAUCUUGGGCUUGGUUUCUAGGAAUUUUUGCUUAGAGCUCUGGAGGAGGAGUCUUCCCUUUCCACUGGCUUCCCCAGCACGUUUACUGGUGUGGCAUGUUCUCCUCAGGUGGUUCUGUAGCUGUCUGCCAGUGAGAGCUGGGUUUUGGCACCUGAAUUCACCAAGUGCAAGGUGUUUCUCAGGUCUUUCUCCUCUUCAAAGAAGCUUUGUUGCCAAGAUUUACUCUGAAAAUGACCUACAGUACCUACUGCAGAUGCCUGCAAGUGUAGAAGCUGAUAAAUCAUAUCAUCUUUCCUUCCCUGACUUUCCUGUUUCCUCUGGAAUUUAUACUUCUAAUUUUUUUUAAAGUUAGACGUCUGUUGAUGACAUUUGGAUUACAACUGUGAGCAUACCUAUGCAAAGAGACAAGCUACCCUGAGCACUUUUGAGUUCUGUUCAGUGGAGGGACUGCUGUGGGUCAGCCAUGCUAAAGGGCAAAUGAUGGAGCUCUGAACCGGGUGCUUCAGCAGAUCAGAGUGCCACCCAAAAUGAAGAGAGGGACCAGCCUGCACAGCAGGUGGGGCAAGGGAGAUGCCCCGAAAGGAAGCCCGCAGAUCAACAGAAGGUCUGCUCAGGAUAUUCAGUCAGGUCGGCCCAGAUCAUCAUCCACUACAGAUGCUCCCACAAACUUGUCUGUGAUGGAGAUUGCUUCUUCUAUCUAUGUAGGUGGAGAAGAGGCCACAGCAGCAGCAAUUGAGCGAUUGGAAGUCAGCAGCUUGGCACAGACCUCCAGUGCCGUGGCCUCCAGCACUGAUGGCAGCAUCAAUGCAGACUCUGUUGAUGGGACCCCAGAUCCGCAGCGGACAAAAGUGGCCAUCACACACCUGCAGCAGAAGAUACUGAAGCUGACAGAGCAGAUCAAAAUUGAGCAAACAGCCCGUGAUGACAACGUGGCAGAGUACCUGAAAUUGGCCAACAAUGCAGACAAGCAGCAGAGUGCCCGCAUUAAGCAAGUGUUUGAGAAGAAAAAUCAAAAGUCAGCCCAGACCAUCUUGCAGCUGCAGAAGAAAUUGGAACAUUACCAUCGAAAGCUGCGAGAGAUUGAACAGAAUGGGAUCCCUCGGCAGCCAAAGGAUGUCUUCAGGGAUAUGCAUCAGGGUUUGAAAGAUGUUGGAGCAAAAGUCACUGGCUUCAGUGAGGGAGUGGUUGACAGUGUAAAAGGUGGACUUUCCAGUUUCUCCCAGGCCACACAUUCAGCAGCAGGAGCUGUGGUUUCCAAACCCCGGGAGAUUGCCUCCCUCAUAAGGAACAAGUUUGGGAGUGCAGACAAUAUUGCUAAUCUGAAAGACUCCUUAGAAGAAGGCCAGGAAGAUGGGACAGGUGGCAAGGCUCUAGGUGUUAUUCAGAACUUUCAGUCAAGCCCAAAAUAUGGCAGUGAAGAGGAUUGUUCCAGUGCCACAUCAGGCUCAGUGGGAGCCAACAGUACAACAGGGGGCCCUGUGGGAGCUUCCAGCUCCAAAACAAACACUCUGGAUAUGCAGAGCUCAGGGUUUGAUGCAAUACUGCAUGAGAUACAAGAAAUUCGAGAGACACAGGCAAGACUGGAAGAAUCAUUUGAGGACCUUAAGGUUCGCUACCAGAGGGAUUACACAUUGAUAAUGCAGACCCUGCAGGAGGAGCGGUACAGAUGUGAAAGACUUGAAGAGCAGUUAAAUGACCUGACUGAGCUCCACCAGAACGAGAUUCUCAAUUUAAAACAGGAGCUGGCCAGCAUGGAGGAAAAGAUUGCCUAUCAGUCUUACGAGCGAGCCCGGGACAUCCAGGAAGCGCUGGAAGCGUGCCAGACGCGCAUCUCCAAGAUGGAGCUGCAGCAGCAGCAGCAGCAAGUGGUGCAGUUGGAGGGGCUGGAGAAUGCCACAGCCAGGAACCUACUGGGGAAGUUCAUCAACAUCUUGCUGGCUGUCAUGGCUGUCCUCCUCGUCUUUGUCUCCACUGUGGCCAACUGCGUUGUGCCCCUGAUGAAGACUCGCAAUAGGACGUUCAGCACUUUAUUUAUAGUGGUUUUCAUUGCCUUUUUGUGGAAGCACUGGGAUGCCAUCACCGGCUACUUGGAACGAUUCUUGUCUCCCCCCAGAUGAUGGUGGCAGGAAUGGGCUGCGCCGCUCGCUCCUGGUGCUCCUGGUGAGCAAGUGUGGCAAAGAUUAGUCAGCGACUACUCUGCUGAAGUUUUAAAGUGUCCGAGUGAAUUUGUUUACAUUUAGAAUAACGUUUUUUCUCUGCAAGAUGCAUUGCAAUAGUAUUUUUUAGAUUUUACUCAAGAACUCUUUUGUCAAGAAUCCUGGAUAAUUUUUAUGUAGCAUGGUUCUCUUUGGAUGCAAAUCUUAAGAUUCUUUAAAGUGUACAAAAGAAAUGAAUAAAACACAGAAAUUUGGAGCAUACCAAUGGGCAGUUUAAAUUGUGGCUUGAACUACUGUACUAAACCUGUCAGGAAGAAGAGAACGUGGUUAGCUUAAGAUGAGCAAAGCUCAAUCUAGUGCACAGCCUUGAAUGAUGGUACCACAGCAAACCUGUAACACUAAACUUUUACUGUGAAGUCUGCUCACAUUCCAUGUCCGAGUGUAUGCGUUGAGUGGUUUCUUUCCUUAACAAGAGAAAAACAACAACGUGUGGAUCCCUCUCCCAGCUCAGCAUCUGGGUUCGCCGUUGGUGUUAACCUGACUUCAGUAACUUUCUGUAAGGCUGGCUAACUUGGCUGAGUAUAUGGAGUGGAAGCCUCAUGCCAUAUACAGUAACUGCACAGUCGUGCUACAGUAUUUUGAAGUAGUCCUUGAAAUACAUAUACUCUUUAAGCAGAAGCCCUUGGUCGCACUUUUAAGGUUUUUUUUUAAUAUAUGUAUAUUCACAGAUUUAAAAAAAAUCCGAACAGCAUACUUGAAGAGUGUAAUACUCAAACUCUCAGUGCUUCCUUAUUGUUUCUAAUAGGAUUUUUUAUUAUAAUUAUAAUUAUUAUUAUUAUUAUUGGGGUUUUUUUUGAAGGGGUUGGGAGGGUCAUUACUUUUUUUCUUUCAAAUAAAGAAGUGAUGUUUUUAAAUGAAGAAAUGCGUGAAUAAUUGUGAGCCGUCUUGUCCUGAAGCAGUUCUGAGAAGGGCAGAGAGUAGUUUCUAGUGUCAGGCUGUCAAAUGCAGCACUGUCCAUAUGCCAUUUGUCUGUCCUCCUGAGCUUAAAGAUGCAGCAUCAUGGAAAACAUCUGUUUUCUCCACACUUUUUUGUCAUGCAGGGCUUUUUUUCCUUUUUCCACAUGUGAAGGAUGCUAUGUUUGUAUUUUUUGUUUGCAUGUCAUCUGUCAUUCCUGGCCUCAGGAUAAGAGCAAGGAAUUUCUGUUCAUCUCUUCCUAGGGAAAAGACAGGUUCUUUUGAGGAAAGAAAUACUGACUCAACAGUUCACUUAACAGAAUGGUUAUCUCAAAAAUAGUUCUAACUAAAAAAAAAACAAACAAACAAGAAAAAAAAAAAAAACAAAACAAAACAAAAAACCCAAACAAAAAACCCAAACAAACAAAAAACCUGAAAAGCGAAACCAAAGUUUUCCUCCUGUCAGGCUCUGGUAAGAUUAUUUGUGUGUCUGUAUCUGUGGUGUGCCAUCCUCUUUUUCAGCCACAAGGGACAGCACUUGGUGCAGACACCUGUGCAAAUCCCAAAAGGAAAUGCCAGCUUCAAAUGCAGCCCCAAGUCUUCACAAUGUGCCAUUACUGGUGACCUGUUGGUACAGGUAGGCAGCCCUCAAGUCCAAGAAAACUGUGUUCAUUCUGUGCUGAUUUUUAACUGCUGUCCCUUUCACCAUAACAGUGCCAAGAUUCAUCUUUUGUCUCCAUGAAAUCUAAAAAAAAAAACCCUCCAGGAUUCUGUCAAAACCAUUUAUGGUGUUUAGUUAGGUCUUAAUGUUUUCCUUCAUUCCAGGAUCAACUUCCCUCUAGGAAUCAAAUAUUGCCCAAGUGACCUAAACCAGUUGAAAACAUACAUGGGCAUGUAUGAGACAUGUACAACGUACAUAUACACACAUACAUAGGCAUUGUGCUAUGAUACAGAUUCUGGGUUCUGAGAAAUUCCCUCAGACAAGGUUAAUACCUUGAGUGUUUUCUGAUUGCCAACAAAGGCAAACCCUCCACUCUCCAAUCUUUCUUCCUCCAAGGGUUCUUUUUUUCUGUAGUCACAGGAAAUUCAGGUGCCCUUCCCCCAGGGAUCCCAGUACACCUCUCUGUCACCAUGUGCACUAAUCUGCUCCUGUCCUAAUUAAAACCAAAACUAAAAUAAAAAGAUUGACAUUUACAGCUGACUCAAGCCAAAACUGCUUGUGCUUUCACUGCAGUGCCACAGCCAGAGCAGGGGUGUGUGGCCGUUCCUCCCCUUGCUCCUGGCUCCGGUGAGGCUCUUCUCUAGUGACUCACAUUUCUUGGCUAACUAUCAUCUUGCCAUUUUGCAGGUUUUGUCAGAAACAAAUGUGUGAAUAACAGUAAGAACUGAUUUGGCACAUAACUGAAAUACUUUGUUGCCUUUUUUUUCCUGAAACCUGGCCUUUGUACCUCUUUUGCUCAGUCUUGUUCACACUACAAUUGCUUAAGAUAGGUUUUCAUGUGAUCAAAUCAGGAAGGAGUUAAAAGCCAGUGGCUCUGGACAUUCAGUGUCUGUAGUAUUUAAGGAAGUGUUGUCCCUCUUUAUAUCCUAAUUUCAUUUCUUUUCUCAACUCUGUCAUCUUCAGUAAAUACCAUUUGCUAGCUUGCCAGAAGGUGCAGGUUUAAUAGAAACUGACAUCUCAGAACUCUUUGGUGAAGGGCCAUAUACAUAUGGGUCUGGACAAAGUGUCUGUCUCUUUCUCUCUCAACAGUUUCUUCCAUUCCAGAAAGCUGUCUGCAGUAACGUCAUGUAUGAUGCUGCAUCCACUUCUCAUAUCCUAACACGACUGCCAUGUGUUUUGCCUUUUGCACUAGCAGAACAUUUUGGGGUUUUCCUCCCUCUUCAAUUUGAAAGUCUGUGAUGAUUUCUGAUAGCUUAAUGAUGAUGUUGUUGGAAAUGUGAUUCUAGCUUUAAAGCUCCCUUUCCUUGUACAUGGUUGUGUUUGCUUUCCUGAUGGAGUGCUUCUGGGUGACAUGUAGAGAACAGUUUCUGCUGUGGAUGUGAGUGCGUGCGUGAGUACCUUUAAUAGCCUCCUUUGUAGAUAAAAACUUCUUAGUGACCAUCUCUGAGUUGCAGAAUGUUUCCCAAAACAUUUCAUAUUCAGAGUUGAAGUGAUUCAGAAAUUGCUUAGAUGCGUUUAGCACAUACUGCCUUGGCACAUAAAAAGGGAAAAUUACUAUGGACUGUGUAAGUUCCAGGAGCAGCACCUCCUCAUUAACAUUUGAGGGUUCAAGUGAAGUUCAUCUGUUUCCCCUAUUUCCUUCAAUAUAAAGAAGAAAGAAAAUCUGGAUGCAAAAAAAAAAAAACCAAACUUUUAAAACUUUUAUAAAGUUCUUUUUUCUCUCAGCCUCAUUAGUUCAUUUCAAGGGUAUUCAGCAUGCUCCCAGCAGUUACUCUAUUGGUUUAUUCCAAUCCCAUGUGUGUUUAGGUGGGAUCAGAUGAACUGCUGACUUAUGUGCGUGUUACAGGAAAGCAGUCUGUCAGCUUUGAAAAUAUGCAUUUUUAAAAUUAAAAAAAGAAAAGGCAUUAUAACAAAAGAAGCCAAGCUACAAAGGGUUCAAGAUUGAGUAGUUUUUCCAGUUUUUAAAUGAAUUCUGGAAGUGGCUAAAGAGUUACCCUGUGUGUCUGUGUUGUGUAUGCCAGGUGGUAUAGUCGUAGGCAAUUGACUUAGCUGUAAGUGUGUUUUAAAAGUGUAAAAAAAUAAACAGAAAAACUCACUUGCACGGGUUGAAAAGUACAGAAAUGACACUUGUGAACGUAACACUGUAGUUUAUAGAUCUUAAGCUGCUAAUUGUUGAGAGAGAUUUACAUUUGUCUUGUCUGAUUGUCGCAGAUUUAUCUGUGGCAAUUUUACUGUAUAUAAAAAACUUUAAAUAAAGACCUCAGCUAUUAA